CUGAGAUGGGCAUCCCCCCGGCCACUGUCGAAAACGCGUACCGGGGCCUUCCAAAAGAGCAGAAAGAUAACAUCAUCAUAUCGCCCGCCCCGCGCAAUAUGCAUCCCCAGCGCAACGUACAAAGAAGGAAGGCCAGAGCGGUGGCGCUCCUACGCCGCGCAACAGAACUCCCUGGCGGCUGCUGCUUCGUUGACGCGGCCCAGUAUGGCAACAGCAACAAUUUCGCGGUAGUGUCAAUCAACCACAGGGGUUCGACCGUUAACGCCGCUUCGGUACGAAGCACGUCGUCGCAUGCGGCCGAGCAAGUGGCCAUUGCCUUGGCCCUCCUGGACGACGGACAUGCCAAUGUCUUUAGCGACUCCAGGGCAGCCAUCUGCGCCUUCAGCGUUGGCGCCGUGUGUAAGGAAGCCUGUCGCAUCCUCGACGGCAAAAGCAUCGCCACCCACACUCUCACGUGGUUCCCCGCUCACAUGGGAUCCAUCAUGGGAGGCCCCACAAACCUCAACGAGCUGGCCCACUCCAAGGCGCGAGGUCUCGCUUUCCGCGACCAUGGAGAACUCCAACGCCGGCCCGCAGUGGUGGAGAACAGAGAUCAACCGACCACAUACAACGAAAUUGCGCAGCACUUUUAUCUCGGCAGGAGAGACUUUCCCGUUCCACACAAGAAGUUAAACAGAGCGCAGGCAUUGACCCUCAGAUUAUUGCAAACAGGCUCAUAUCCCAACCCGGCUUUAUUUCACAAAAUUUAUCCCGACACCUAUGCCACUAGUUCUUGCAGGCACUGCAAUGACAUCGCUAGCCUAGACCAUAUGCUCUGGCGUUGCCCCUCGUUACGAGGCACAGAACAAAUCAAUGAAGACAAGUGGCGCUCCGCAAUCAAGAGCCCCGAUGCCGGGGCGCAACUAUGGGCUGUCCAGAGGGCCCACGAUGCGGCGGUCGGGCAAGGCCUGACUGUCCCAACGUGGGAGCGGCCCGCAGCGCGCUGAGUCGCGUACCUCAGGACCUUAUUAAAGUUCUGCAUCCAUCCAUCCAUCCAACAUAGCAGCGACAGACAUCAGAAAACGCGAAGUUAAAUGAAAAAAUAAACAAAUACAAAAGGUUGCUUACAAUAAUUGAAGUUCAAAACAAGCAAAUGAAAACGAUACAGCGUAUGAAUAAAUAAAUAUGUAGUAUUUGACACGUUAUGGAACAUAGGAAUGACACAUGUCAAAGAACACGGGGUUAAUGUAACAGAUAAUUAGAAAUAAAUAUAUGCUUACAAUACGCAAAGUACAAAUGUUAUAUAGACUAUGCGACAAAAAAUUUGAAAUGCCUAAGAGAGGAGAAAAAAGAAGACAAAGGAAUAUAUAGAAUAACCAAUAAAUAAAGGCUGUCGAUACAAUAGAGUGGCUUUGACGCAGUAAGUCAUGAUUAUAAGUACGAAUUCAUCAUCAAUAACCAGCCAGCCAGUGGUAACUUCACUCACCCAAAUCGUCAAAAUGUGAUUGCAAUUCAUAUCAGCCUGCCCGGAGAGUUACAGUGGAUGGUAUAAUUAUGAUAUCAAAACGCUUAAAGAAAUUCAUCGACUGGAAAAAUUUAUCAGUAAUGUGGGUGAAGAACUACUUGUUCGGUGCCUUAAUGGCAGGCAGUCUGGUUACGGAAGCACACUGCGUCACCACAGAAUACCAAAAAGUGUGGGACCCAGCUAGUGGCCUUCAUUUCCCAAUGCCUGGCGUUCUGGCACCUGGAAUGAAGCUCUACCUGGAUAUAUCGUCGAGAGAUAGUAAUCCGGCGGCUAUCAAGUAUAAUGAUCAAGGAUUUUUAACUGCAGCGAUAGACGAAAAGCAUGUCAGAGCCCACAUUCUUGUAAAAGAAAAGAAGUUCAUUGUGCGCCCGUUAGUUCUGAAAGAACGAUACCUUGCCGAACAAAAGAAGUUGGCCACGCCAAAUAGCAAGCCUGAGCCUAUUUUUCUUAAGAACGUUUCACCUAUGCCCGAUACCGUAGAUUUUUUUGACAUAAAGAACUUCAGUCUCGCUGACAACACUUCUGCUCUAGAGAUCACUAUGCUUUUUUAUAUCUUACACCGACGCAUCAGUCCAAGAAUUGUGGCCAUCAUUUAAAGACAGCCAUUGAAUGGAGAAAGACAGAGAUAUUUGAAGACGUUUUACCGGGCUAUUCGUAUAUGCAAGAUUAUUACACUCAGAAUAAUCAGUAUGCUAUGGGUUUCUAUCAAUAAAAAAACUAAAAAAACCUACUAAAGCUAAAAAGCUAGUAAAGUUUCAUUUUUAUCGCUUCUC